AUGUUCUUGACAAAUGUUUUAUUGAAAAAAGUAAAAUCCAAACAUACUAUGGUGCUAAUGGAAAGCAUGGUAAGCGGUCACAAAUACAACGUGUUCAGGGAACGUUUGGCUGACAAACUAGAACUUGUACAUUUCGACCCUUGGAUAGGUCAAAUGUCCGUCUACAAAGAGAGGAAAAAAAUAAGAAGUGCAAACGUAAAGAGAUUCACAGAGCCUACAUAACGGUCGAACAAUUACUUGUAUUAAUAAUUCAUAAAAUGUAGAAAAUUUGUAAGCAUUUAUAUUUUCAAAUUGUAAAAUAUAUAAUUUUAAUUUUACUAAAA